AUGUCCAGCAGCCCAGGUCUCUCGCGCACGUCCAGCAGUGAGUGGGAGAGCCUGGGGCUGCGGGGACACGUGGCAGCCCCCGGCUGGGACGAGGCUGUCCGCUUGGCUGCCGUAACCUGCAGUGAUGGGAGGAAAAUCGUGAGCGAAAGUCUUUGUGACAAGGGGUUGGUCAGAGCUGUACUGGCCUUGGCGCAGAGGCUGCUGGCACACCGGAGACCGCAGAAAUCCUUCUUUGAGACGCUCAUCAGGAGCCUGAUCAUCUUGUGCGUGGCGAUAGCGGUGGUCUUGUCAUCCAUCUCCGUCUGCGAUGGCCGCUGGCUCUUCGCGAGGGGGCAGCUCUUCGGACUGUGGCACUUCUGCACCGUUAGCAAUGGCAGUGUCCUGAAGUGCGUCACUGACCUCAGCCUGGCCAAGGUGGAGGGGCUGAGCGUGGGGGUGAUUCCCAUAAGAAGCAUGGUGUCCUUUGCCGUUGUGGUUGCCAUAUUUGGCCUGGAGCUCCUGAUGGUGUCCCAAGUCUGCGAGGAUGCCAACGCAAGGCGGAAGUGGUCGAUGGGCUCGGUUCUCAUCCUCGGCUCGUUUUUGCUGUCGGCCACUGGGGUUCUGAGCUUCUCCAUCCUUGUGAAGGAUCACCUCACCUUCACAGGCUUCACGCUGACGUACUGGUGUGAGUUCAUCGCUGCCUUUCUCUUCUUCCUUAAUGGGAUCAGUGGACUUCACAUCAACAGCCUCACACACCCCAGGAACAGGGUAGGCAAAAUCUAGGCACAAAGGGUGUACCUCCACCUUUGUGUAAUCAGCUUUGCCAAUUAGACUGGAAAAAAGGGAGUCUAAUGAAGCUUGAAAAGGACACCGUGUCUUAAAUUGUGUGCAAGGAGGGGGAGCAUGAGUCAGUCGUGAUGCCUGUAGAAGACAUACCCACCCACUGGUCAGCGUGGAGGGCUGCGCAACACGAGCAAAGCAGAGACUGAGACUGGCUGCCGCUGAAAUACAUUUUUCUGGAGUGGUUUAAAGAAGAGGGUGUCCCGUUAAACGUGUGGAGGGGUGGCAGACAUGUGAGCUCAGUUUUGAGGCUUACACAAAGCCUGCACUGCUGUGGGUUUGGUGUUGCUGGGCUUUCCCCUGUACUCUGGAGCCUGUGAAGAGCGUGACACAACUUUGGCGUGUCUCAUGGCUUUGCUCUGUCUCAGGGACAGAUGAUUUGUCCUGGCCAUGCUCACUGGCAUGGAGUAUUGAAAAUCUUCACUGGAUCUCACUCCUCCAUUUCUCUUUCAAAAGAGAAGGCACACAGAUCUUGCUCUGGUCACCAGUUUUGUUUCCUGCUGGCACAGUCCCUGUAUCUGUCCUCUCCUCUGAGUUUUUUGGGGACACCACCGAUGGAGGCGCAGGGAGAUGUAGCUGUCUGUAGGACACGUGCCAAUAAGUCGCCCAAACUGACUCCCUCACAGCCCUUGCAAAGUUCACUGUAACGGGGCAUUUCUCUUCCUGGUUUCUUUUUUGUCCAUUUGGGGCAAAGAGGGACAAGCUCUGCAGGGGGUUUAGGUGGGCACUGUGGCUGGGCAGACCAUGCUGAGACCACUGCACCUUCUGGCGUGUUUCUGGUUGUCAGAGUUUCCUGCUGGGGCAAUGGGAAAUCUGCUUAUCCUGUAGCUGAGAGUCUCCUGUAGCAUUUCUUCUGGGAGGAGAAAGCUCUAGGUCCUCCUGACCAGACCAAGUCCUUUUCUUCCCCUGAUUAACAGUGGGUCUGGGAGGAGAAUAAGCCCAAGACUGCCUAAGGAGAGGCUGAUGGGGGCAGCUCUAAUCUGUCACAGCUGACGGAAGUCCAAAGAGACUUGGCCAAAAUUAUAUUUGGUCUGGUCUUCCUCCUGCCAAUGCCUGAGUCAGGAUGUCUACAAUUGCUGCAGCUUUGAAGUUCCCCGUGGUGUCUGAUGUAAAAUAAGAAAAGACCUCAGAGGUUGGGUUGCCCCACAUGUCCUCCCUGCCCAACAUACAGCACUCCACUGACCACAGAUAAAAAUGUCUUCAGAUAAUUUCAGGGUCUCUGGUUUAAUGUUUGUUUUGUAUCCUCUGGUAAGAUUGCUUGCAUUUUUGUGUUAGGACAAAUGUUUCUACAUCUUUCAUCUCCGUAGCUUGUCUGAUAGCUGUUGAGCAAGGUUUUCAUUUCCUGUGCAGCAAGUCUGACACAAUUUUUCACCUGAAACAAAAGCAUCAUAGCACAAGGGCUGAGGAGGCUGUGUAGGUGAGCCAUGAGUAAACAACUUUGUCUUUGAAAGCUAAGAAUCUUAAGUCCUUCCUGAGCAUACAUCCGCACUUGCUGAAUGUGCUCCUGUGGACUCGCUUGCCUUCAUGAGGACAGUCUCCAUUCCUUCUCAGGUUUCUGCAACUUUUUAAGACAACACUCCUGUUGUCUUAAAAACCUGUUUUGCGAUGCAGUUUCAGACCAGGCUUGCUCUGGACAGUGCCAGUUGUGCUUUUGCACGUGAAUCUGCCCAUCUUUCUAGUGAGAUAAUGCACAAAGCUGUGCUAGCCAGCCAACUCCUGAAGCUCUUGCAAUGUUUGGGGCUCUGUCAGGGUUUCUUGACCCACUCUCAAGGACAAGGACUUGUACCCUUAACCUGCCUCUGGAAAACUGCACUGUGAUUGUGUUUCUCUUUGUGAAGAUACUUCUGAUUUGCUGAAUUGUACUGUCCAAGACAUGCUAGUGGGCUGAACUUGCAGAUGCUUGUGUGAACAGUGCUGUUGGCUUUAGCAGAGCCACUUACCCCAGAGAGAUUCUGCAAGGUCUGGUCCCAAACUGUUGCACUUUGGUGUUACCAGCUGGUAGAGUGCCUUAACUAACCAAUAAGUCAGUUGCGGUGCCUAGGGGUGCCCAUGCCAGGUGGGACAGUUCCCCUACAUGACGUCAAGGAUGUCCAUGGCUUGUCUAGAAACAUGGAUGUGACUUCAGAGUGCUGCCUUGGUGACAUCCAAAACUGGAAAUCAAUUCCGCAUGUACUCCCCUUCGUGCUAGAGGGAGGCUGUGCCCCCAGCCCUUUCCCCGGGGUGAGGCAGCCGUAGCCAGACUGAGUCCCAGGCUGGUGCCUCCCACUCAAGUUAGAGGGAGGCAGUGGACAAUUGGCCAUUGAGUUCACCCACAACUUGGUGCAAUUGUGAAUGCUUUUAGGAUGCCCGCUGCUAGCUGAAGAAGAGGCCUUUUGUUGGGGGUAUGGAAUCCUCUAGGGAAAAUACAGUUAACUUUUUUCCAACUGGCUUUGUAUAGUACUGCUUGACUUAUUAAUGCUGGGAGAAGAUGAGUUUUGAUGGCUAAAUACUGCAAAACAAGGUUGAUUGUCUCGGAGACAUCCUUAUAUACAGCAACCUGUGCAACAAUGGGUAAUUGUUCAUUUUCUGAAGCCUGUGGAAGUGUCAAGCAAUAUUCCUGAAGUUUGUUAAAUAAAUUUCUUUGAAG